GCAGAGCUGAUUAUCAUCAUCGGCGAGCCGGGCGUCGAUCUGCGGGCCAAGCACUCGAAGAUCGCCAACAACACCAUCUUGCGGAAGGAGCAGCGGCUGCACGCAGAUGGGUUCUGGGCAACCGACAGCUGGAAGACGAGAAAGAAACACGUCAGCAGAUUUCUCGACAUGUUCAACGGAGACUGGACGGUUGGGAACGUGGUGCAUAUAUGCCAGGGCCCCAGCUGUUGUGCCAACAGGUCCGAGAGCAUCGACAGCAUGUUCUCAGCGGCCGUGUCCAUCGACAUGUUGAUGGCCUCGGACACCGACAACCCGUCGGAGAAGGACUGGUCAACGUGCGGCGCAGCCGCGGGGAAGGUCUGCUUCGGCAUCGCGUGCCACGACGUGCUCUCCAGGCUGUACACGUCUUGCGCGCCUUCUUGGCGCUCGGCCGGGUCGAACAUUCGAGGUGAUGGCGCCGAGAUUGACAGACUUCGCUUGAAGACGAAACGGAAAACAUGGAGAGCAAAGCUGGUAUUGUCAGAUGUGAAGCGCAAGCAGAAAAUAUUCCAAGUAUGCUACCUUGGGUACCCGGUGGAAAGGAUGAUGGCCGUCCUCCAGCACAGGGAUGGGUGCGGCAAACUAUUGUACGAUCUUGCUGGUGGGUUCAACGACGACAUGAACCCGUUGCACUGCUGCCUCGCGGAGCUGCCCCACAUGGUGACUGCCUGCUCUGCUGGUCCGCUUGGCCCCAUCAUAGAGUCGUUCCUUGACGAGUCCGAGCGCUUCGACUUUCUUGCGGGCUUACGUGCAGUGGCGUGCAACUUCGCAUCUGGCUUGGCAUGGCGUUUCGAGUUGUACCGCGUCUGGCCAUACAAGUGGGCCAAG